CAGCAGCAGCAGCAGCAGCAGAUCCCCAGUCUAUCUAACCAGCCUCAGCAACACCCGACCGUCCCUGCGCCGUCCUCCCACCACCCGCAGCAGCUGCAGCUCGUCCCCACCUCGCCGCAGUCACCUAAAGCAAGUCACGGCAUCCCGGACUCCGCCAAGGACGACAAGAGGAGCCCCUGCUGCAAGUCGCUGGUUCCGCAGACUCCCACCGCUCUCUGCCGCUCAGUUGGACUGGCUAGGAAAGCAGACAACCAAACAGUGCUUCACCAGUUCUGCUGCCCAGCCCCAGACGCCCCUGAGGGGGAGACCUCUACUGCUUGUGUCCCCAGCGAUGACCUUUCUCCAGACUCGUCAAUGGGGGAGGAAGGGAAGGGAGGAGAGGGGGAGCUGCAGAGUGAGGCCCAGUCACAGCCACAACCAGAACCACAACCCCAGCAACAGCACCAUGAGACUCAGCCACAGACUCAACCACCUCAGCUACAGCCACAGUCUGAGCUCCAACCAGCAACUCAACCUCAGCCAGAACCUGAACCCAUAUCCCAGCCUGCGCCAGAGCCCGAGCCUCAGCCCCAGGUCAAGGCUCCGAGCGAGGAAGCAGGGAAGGAUGCCCCUAAGGUCUCUUCGCCUUGCAAAGAGGAACAGACAAUGGUGGAGCAAGAGCACCAAAAGGUGGAAGAAGUUGCACAGGCAAAAAGAAAACAAGAGGGAGAGGAGUCUGAGAGGCAUGACGGUGAGGCAACACAGGAGGAAGAGGAGGAGGAGGAAGUGGGAGGAGCAAAAGGAGGUGGGGUGGGGAGGAGAGCCAGCCUCCAUCACACGGCCUCGCCCCUGAGGGUGCAGCGCAAUGGGGCCAGCUCGCACCCCACUGCCUCCGACUAUGAGCUCUCGCUUGACCUCAAAAAUAAGCAGAUCGAAAUGUUAGAGCACAAAUAUGGUGGUCACCUCAUCUCCCGCCGUGCUGCCUGCAAGAUCCAGACUGCCUUCCGCCAGUACCAGCUCAGCAAGAACUUCGAGAAGAUCCGCAAUUCAUUGCUGGAGAGUCGUCUUCCUCGACGCAUCUCCCUGCGCAAGGUCCGUGUGCAAAACACAGAGGGUUUCUCUGCUGAACGGGCCCUGGCAGAAGGCUGUAACUUGGCAGGCAUCCCAUUGGUGCGCUCACCAUCUCUGCCUGCCACAGUUGGUGGCACCCUGACUGACCUGGAAGAUUCAUUCACUGAACAGGUCCAGUCACUGGCAAAGUCCAUAGAUGAUGCACUCAGCAACUGGACUCUGAAGACCAUGUGUUCACUGCAAGAAGCUGGGACGUAUCAGUUCAGCGUUGACUCCUUCAAUGCAGCAGCAGCAGCUGCUGCUGCUGCUGCAGGAGCAGGAGCUGGUGGAGAGGGAGGUAGUGUGGAAGACUCAACCACUCAUCAAGCCCCAGUGGACCCAAGUGAACUGUCGAGAAAUGCAAGCAAACUGAUGAUGGCCUUUAGGGAUGUGACUGUGCAGAUUGACAGCCAGAACUUUCGUGUUUCAUCUUCAGUCAUGGAGACAUCCACAUCUGUCACUCUCAGCAGCUGUAUUGAACAAGGAGCCUCCUCCACUGUCACAACCACCUCCACAACAACAAACUCCACACCAGACUUUUUCCCACUUGGCCCCUCACAAGAACCUCCUCCUCCACCUGCAGAGGUCCCAGAUGAACCCAUAGAUCCACCCCCACUACCCCAAGAACCUCCCCCACCCCCAGAGUCAGAGUCAGAGACAGAAGGAAGUGAGCAGGAUGUUGAAUUCCCAGCUCCUCCUCCAAGUGAAGAAGAGCUCAGGGAGGAGGAGGAACCCUCCCUAACCCCUUUGGAUAAGAUGGCUGCACCCCUAAGCCCUAAGGAGACUAUUGUUGUGACAUCACCACCCACAGAACCUCCUCAUGCCCCUCCACCACAGGAGGCUGUACUGUUGGGGAGCUCUACUGUGGUGGAGCCCCUAGAGGUCAAGCGAUGUAGCUCAGAGACAGCAGACAACAGCUCAGAGCAGAUGAGCAGCAGCAGCACAUCAACAGAGGCACGGUCCACAUCUGAAGCCUCCUCCAAAGAGGCACUGCAGGCCAUGAUCCUCAGCCUGCCACGCUACCACUGUGAGAACCCCGCAAGCUGUAAAUCACCCACGCUGUCCACUGACGUCAUGCGAAAACGCCUCUACCGCAUUGGCCUCAAUCUCUUCAAUGUAAACCCUGACAAGGGCCUCCAGUUCCUGAUCUCACGAGGCUUCAUCCCGGACACGCCCAUUGGCGUAGCCCACUUUCUGCUACAGAGGAAGGGCCUGAGCCGACAGAUGAUUGGAGAGUUCCUUGGCAACAGUAAGAAGCCCUUCAACAGAGAUGUCCUAGAUUGUGUAGUGGAUGAGAUGGACUUUUCAGGCAUGGAGCUGGAUGAAGCACUGAGGAAGUUUCAGGCCCACAUUCGUGUCCAGGGAGAAGCUCAGAAGGUUGAACGUCUUAUUGAGGCCUUCAGCCAGAGGUAUUGCAUGUGCAACCCUGAUGUGGUGCAGCAAUUUCACAACCCAGACACUAUCUUCAUCUUGGCCUUUGCCAUCAUUCUGCUCAACACCGACAUGUACAGUCCCAACAUCAAGCCAGACCGCAAGAUGUUACUGGAGGACUUCAUACGCAAUCUACGAGGUGUGGAUGAUGGUGCAGACAUCCCUAGAGACAUGGUGGUGGGAAUCUAUGAAAGAAUACAACAAAGGGAGCUUCGCUCCAAUGAAGACCACGUCACCUAUGUCUCCAAGGUUGAGCAGUCCAUCGUUGGCAUGAAAACGGUUCUUUCGGUCCCUCACAGAAGAUUGGUGUGCUGUAGUCGUCUUUUUGAGGUGACAGACGUCAACAAGGCCCAAAAACAAGCAGCACACCAAAGAGAAGUCUUCCUCUUUAAUGACCUUAUUGUGAUCCUGAAGCUAUGUCCAAAGAAGAAGAGUUCUGCAGCCUACACUUUCUGCAAAGCAAUGGGCCUACUUGGCAUGCAGUUCCACCUGUUUGAAAAUGAAUACUACCCUCAUGGCAUCACUAUCCUCUCACCGUUUGGUUCAGACAAGAAGCAGGUACUUAACUUCUGUGCCCAAAGUGCUGAGGAGUUGCUCAAGUUUGUGGAAGACCUGAAGGAAUCAAUUGCAGAGGUGUCAGAGAUGGAGCAAAUACGCAUAGAGUGGGAGCUGGAAAAGCAGCAGGGAGCCAAGACACACACAGUAAAGAACAAUGGCACACAGCUAGAACUGCGUGGCAAACAUAGCUCCCCAUCAGGAAACCAGGGGGUAGAUGACAGAAGUGGACACAACGCAGUAGAGGUGUCAAUUCACAACAGGCUUCAGACGUACCAGCUCAGCAGCAGCGCGGUUCGGAGCCCUGAGAGUAUGGUCCUUCUUAAACACCAGGGGGAGCUGCUUUUCCAGCAAGAGCCCCAGGGGCUAACCCAGGGGCCAGCGCCUCCACCUCAGCAUCCGCAGCUGCAGUCAGCGGCAAGCACCCCCGCCCACCACCUCCACCUCCAGCAGCACCACCAGCCUGCUGUCUGCAUGGCUGAUCUGCGGCCCGAGACACUCAUCCAGUGUCAGCAGAUUGUCAAAGUCAUCAUGCUCGACAACAGCAGCCACGGACGCGUAGAGGCCUUCCUCAGCCAAACACCCACACACCACCACCACCACUAUCAGCAUCACCACCACAGCCACCACCAGCUCAGUCAAUCUGCCAUGUCCACCCCGGUCCAUUUGCUGGACAGCUCCCAUGGCAAUGACGGCCCCCAGCCCCCGCUGCCUCCCCCGCCUCCGCCUUACAACCAUCCACACCAGUAUAUACCCCCAGACCCUCGCCUCAGCCUGCACCGGACCCCAAGUGGCUCUCGGAGCAUGGUGUAAAUAAACAACUUAGUAUUAUAUCCCUGAAAGACACACACACACUUCCACCAAACCCAACCUCUUCUCUACCUAUUUAACAGUACAUGAUGUACAUAUAUACAUAAAAACGAAAGAGCUAUAAUAAAAAAAGAAACCACACUAAUAUGCAUAUAUUUAAGGAAAAAAUAAAUUCAAGGAAAAAAAAAUCACAGUUUUAAAAGAGAUAUUGAGAAAUAAAGAUAUAAAGUUUUACUUGAUUCCACGUGUAUUUUGAAAUAUUAUGUAGUUUUAACAAAUUUCUAUAACUUUUUGUGAGUUUUAACUCUUGCUCGAGAGAAACGCACUGAUACCAUUUCUGGAUGGAGUCCUUGUAGUUCCAGUGUUAACAAAAUGAGCGAUCCGAUAACGGACGGACACACUCCAAGGACCUUCUGCUUCUCUUCGCUUUUCAUCCCAAACCACAUACCUACUGUGCUGUAUGUGCGCGUGCGUGCAUAGUUGACACUUUCUGUUAAAUGUGCCAAAAUCCAUACGCCUCCACUAAACACUGACUUCUUUGCACUUGACUCAAUGCUAGGGCUAGAAGAAAAGAAAACACUCUUCUCUUUUGCUUUGAGAAAAGAUCCUUUCGCACUUCUCCCUGAAGGAGCACAAAACUAUUAACAAAACUGAUAUUUCAUAAAAUGCUAUCUUCCCAUUUGUGCUUCUGUGGAUUUAUUUAUGUGAUGGAGAGCCUUCUCUCUUCUUCUCUGCUCUGCUGGAUUAAAAAAGAAGAAACAAAAGCCAAACAACAUCCGCUCCUCUGUUGUGUUGUGGCUCUCUAUCAUCUCUAUCACUCAGUUGUUUCUCUCCAUAGAUUGCUCUGUAGUGAAGGAAACAAAGGCAACCAUUCAUACAGAAUUGCUGCCAAACCAAAAAGUCAGUGCAGGAUUCCUCUGUUGAUGUUUGUCUUUUACACGUCAUAUGUAAUAUCGUUACUACUUAAGAGGAAUUCUAGCCACAUUCAUCUGCUGACAAUGGAAAACUGUCUUAUUUUGAAAGCGCUUCUGAAACUGCUGGCUGACUUUCCUAAACCAACAACAAUUCAGUAUUCACAUGUAAUAUAUGUACAACUUUGCUGUCAUAUGUCUUUGCUUUUUCAGGAAACCAUGAAUUUCCAUGAAGACGCUUCUGCUACAGCUGUUAAAGAUAAACUUUUGUGUUUAUUUUAAUGUGCGUGAAGCAUAUUCCUCUGUCAUUGGUGGAUAAAUGCAGGACUGAGUCCACCUACAAAGCAUCCACACACCGUCUCUUUAUGUUUGUAUGACUCCUAGGGUUAGUUUCAGCUCUGUGUGACUGUUUUCUUCUCCCUGCUAACCUUUCAGUCUGAUAUUUUUAAAAAGCAAAAACACUACAGAGGCACACACACAGUAUAUUGCAAAUACUGGCAUUACUGGCAUUGUUUGUGUUGCUGGCUACCCUGCUUUAAAUGAGAAUGAGACAAAAAGAAUGCAUUAUCUAAUCUCUUUGUCUUUCACCCAAGCCUAGAUUGUAAAUACCACACUGAAGCAGUGUCAGAAAUAACAAGUGAGCUACCUUUUACUUAAUGCCCUGUCAUGCGUCCUUAUUUCUGAAAUAGGUCAGCGACUGCUCCAGCCUGAAUGCAUCCAUCUUUUAAACAUAAGCCCAACUAGGUACUGUGGAAUGUAUGUUCAGUUAUCUCUGCUCCCAUCUGUCUGAUUGGUUCAUUUAGAAUCACAGAGCCACUCUAUGUCAGCUUUCUGUCCUUUUCCACUCAUUUUUUCACCAAUGCAAAAAAUAGCACUUUCAUAAUAAAUUAAUAAAGAGCUUUUAUUGGUAUUUUAAUCAUUUUACCUGCUCUAAAACCUCUGAAGGUUAUGUAUUACAUUCUAGCACAUAGCACCAAAAGUUCUCUUAUGAAGGAUUUUAUGCUGAUGGAUGAUUAUUAAUUUAUUUGUUUAACUAAGUCUAAUGUGAUGAUUUUCUCUUGCAUGGCAUCAGCUUGCAACCUAUUGAACCUUGAUUCUCAAAAGUCCUGAAUCUUUUGUGCAUGACUGAAUUUGCAGUGCGCACACUAGUCGGAGUUGAAAAUGACAGCUUUUUGUUAGGCUAUAAAAGAUGGUUUGUGGUGGGUAUAAAUAUAAAAAUAUUAAUUUAUGGUAGCAAGCACUCAUUCAGUGAUAAAUUCGAAUUAGACACCUUUCACCAAAAUUGGGCCAUUUUUGCUCCCUUGUCUUUCUCUCCCCUUUGUUUGUGGUUUCAUAGUUUUUCCUACUUGAUUAACUAUUUUAUGUGAUAAACCUGCUGUGAGUGCAAUAAACACGAUUAUGAGGCACACUGAAAAUCAUGGGUUUAUGUUUGAAAGAAAACCAAUGUAGCAUUUCUGCAGUGUAUCACAUGAAAUGGAUGUGCAGUAGUGGCUAACUUUCAUAAAGAAACUGACAAAAGGGCUCUGCCAUACCAGUGCACUGCUUCAUGAAUGAUGUGUGGAUCUCGUCUGUCUCUUUAACACUGUGUUUGCUCAUACUAGUUUAAAAAAAACUGCAAAAGGUAGAUAUAUAGGGACUGACAGGUGGAAAUCGAGUGCAACAGAUAUGAACCAUCACCUCCCUCAGUUGGCUUUGAAUCCCUCUCUACCUGUCUUUGCAGUAUAUCAACAUGCUAUUAAAGAUGAUUAAAAUCUA